CCGAACGACUGCUGAAAGGGCAGAAUCAAUAUGGACAGGAAGACAAUCGUGUGCUUGACGGUGCUGCUGCUGGUGGCGGCGCUGAGCUCGGCGUCCGCGAAGCACCUCCGCGGCCGCGGCAGAGACGUGUGCGCCUGCCCCCGCAUCUACCGCCCCCUCUGCGGCUCCGACAACAAGACCUACGCCAACGAAUGCGUCUUUGAGUGCGACAAGAGCCUGGGCCGCGCCGCCUCAGAUGUGCGAAUCCUGCACGAAGGAGGCUGUGAUGAACCCGUACCACUUAGAAGGCUUUAAAAAGAUUGGACCUGUAUCGAGGGAUUGACAUGUGACAUUAUCCCAUUCAUUUU